CUGACAGCAGGAACGCUCUCUUUUCCAGCCAUGUUAACUAAAGACGGGGAAUGAGUACAUUCCUUUUAUCCACCAACAUCAAUCUUUUCUUUUGCAUUGUGUAGUCUGAAUCCAAGGCAGCCAAGGUGGAUGAGGAUAGGACUGUAUAACGCUCUCUUACGUGAAUCUCUAGGUUAUGUCGGCUUUCUGCUAGCUAAUGGUAAUAUCCUCCUCACUAUCAUUCUUCUCAUCAUCAUCCUCUGUUUUCUUUGCUGCAGUUUUUACAGCGAUUGGAGAAGUGAAUUCAUUUUGGGUGAUAAACCAACAGAUGUUCAUAGUAAUUGCAUGUUCCAACUACAGACAAGAACUAUUUUUUUCUUGCUGUGGCUGAGGCUUUGUUUGGGUGUUGUCAAAGUGAAGGAAAGGAAAUAAAUUAAAGAGCUGAAUCCAAGCAAGCAUGGCAUAAAGACAUAUUAAUCCAUGCAAAUAGAAGAAUGGUUAUAUUGAAAUUACAAACUAAUCCUAAAGCAAUGAAAGGUAAUAAGCUUCAUGACAUGUUCCUCACUGCAUCUUCCAGGUUGGUUAGGCUUCAAGUCAGGCAUUAGCUAGUGCUGGUCAUAAACUAUAAUUUGGUUGAGAGUGCAUUUGUUUUACAACAGAUUCAUGGUGGCUGUAUGAUUAUCUCUUGUUUGUGGCAAAAUAUACAUUUGAAGAUUCCAAACUUUCAAAACUCCAAGAGCGCGCGCGCACACAUUUCUUGCAGAGGUUACAAUACUCGUAUCUUGGGCUUUUAUAAUAGUUCCCUUCAUCUAGAAGUACAUAUAAGCUUUAAAUAAUUCCAAAUAACCUGAUGUUAUCUCAUUACAUCAGAAUAAAAUUCUGAUGCUAACUCUUUGUUCCACUCAAUUCACUGCCUCAUUCACCGACGCAACUCAGAAGGUUCGAACAACUCAUCGAACGCGGCAUCAGAAGCAUAUUGGUCUGCGAAUUGGGGUGAACAAAGAGUGGCUCUAAUGGCACUAAUUUUCCUUUUCCACGACCAGCUUUAAACCUUGAACCAGGCUCCACUAGAAUAUUUAAGUACUUGCUUUGCCUUGCAAAGUCACUAGCAUCUACUGCUCUCCUCCAUUAAUAAAAUGAUUUGGUAUUGAAAGUUGAUUUAGCCUUUGACUCUCAUAAUUCGGGUCUGGAAUAAUUAUAAUUCUUUGGAUCAUUGAUUGCAAGCGUAGACCCCUCAUCAGGGUCAAUGUUGAAUAAUAGCUUGAGGUCUCGAAAGGGUUUAUCAAGACCCCAUCUCCCUAUAUAAUUCCUUUCAACAGCCUUUUGACCUCGCAAUACUGAAUCAUAAAGAUUCAGUAAUGGGGUUUCAACAGCUGCUCUUUGCCAUGAUAGGAACCCACAGUGCUCCUAAAUCAUUAAACUUCAAAUCAGAAAAACUUCCAUGCAUGCCUAAAUUACCUAAAAUAUCUGCAGUUAUGUUGAUAAUGAAGCAUUGAAAAGACUCAAUGCAGAGGCCAUGUGGCCUAAUAAUCUUAAAAAUCUUUGAACACCUCAGAAAAAAAAUCAUGCUCAUUAUCUAUAUAUGAACAAAGGAUAGAUUGGCGAUCCUUUUUAUAUUAAUGAGCACCUGACUCUUUUUCUUUUUGCUUUGUUUUUUGUGAGUAAAAAUGCUUACAUGACACAGUGGAUGCAUGGUACGUAGUUCCUCCUUCCAUGUUUUGGAGUUGUGAACUAAGCUGACCAGUAUUUUGACUGCUCUACUUUAGCCAGCAAUCGAGGACGAGGAGGGUGUUUCAGGAAAUGUGUUCAUGCAGAGGGGCUUUCAACCAAGGGCUCCCUCUGAGCCAACGGUUGCUUUGAUCCACUUUUAACACACUCGAGCGCUUUAGCUUUUCUUUUCAAAAAGAAAAAGGAGGAGAGCCCAAGGGCCGAGACCCACCUCCAUUUCCAUACGACCCAACUCUCGGAGGUUUCCUUGAAGUUGCUUUGCUCAUCUCCCUUUUGCUUCACCUCUCACAGCUAGAAAGAUAGAACCUCCGGAGAACCCACCUCCUCUUCCCUCCCACAAAGCUCACCAUGGCUCUCUUUCUCUCUCUCCUCCUCCUCUUCCUCUUCUCUGCUUCCUCUGCUUCUCCCACCAAUUCACUGAGUUUAUCUCUACGGAAGCAAGCCUCCAUCUUGGUUUCCCUCAAACAGUCUUUAUACGCUUCAGACUUCUUACUCGAGAGCUGGAACAUGUCGAACCAUGCAGCCCUUUGCUCCUGGGCUGGUCUCCGAUGCGACGACGCCAAGCGUUUAGUAGUUGAGCUCAACAUAUCCAACUCAAACAUCUCUGGUUUCAUCUCCCCAGCAGUAGCUGAGCUCAAGGGUCUUCGUUACCUGUCAGUCGCGGGCAACAGCCUCGCGGGCGAGUUCCCACCUAUCAUCACUAAGCUCUCGGGCCUCCGACAUCUCAACAUCUCCAACAACCAGUUUAAUGGUACCUUGGCAUGGAAAUUCUAUACGAUGGUGGAGCUAGAAGUGUUUGACGCUUACAAUAAUGACUUCUCUGGCUCUCUUCCUGUUGGCCUUUCCAUGCUACCGAAGCUCCGGCACCUGGACCUCGGCGGGAAUUACUUCUCAGGAGCCAUCCCGACGAGCUAUGGCGAUUUCAAGGCGCUGGGCUAUCUCUCGCUCGCCGGAAAUGAUCUGAGUGGGUUCAUACCCACCGAACUUGGUAACCUCGGUAGUCUAGAGCAGCUCUACUUGGGUUACUACAAUGAGUUCGACGGCGGAAUCCCGGCUGAGCUUGGGAAGUUGGCCAAUCUGAUCCAUCUCGACCUCUCUAGCUGCGGCUUGGAGGGCGAGAUCCCUCCCCAGUUGGGCAAUCUCGAGAAGCUGGACACUCUCUUCCUGCAUGCUAAUCAGCUCACUGGCAUCAUUCCUCCCCAGUUAGGCAACUUGAGCAGUUUGAGAUACCUCGACAUCUCAAACAACGCUCUGACCGGCGAGAUCCCAAAAGAGUUCUCCAAGCUCCAGGAGCUCGUCUUGCUGCAUAUGUUCAUGAACCGGUUUCAUGGCGAAAUCCCAAAGUUCAUGGCAGAGCUUCCCAAUAUGGAGACCUUGAUGCUCUGGCAGAACAACUUCACCGGGACAAUCCCUCCUGAGCUCGGGAGGAACGGGAAGCUCCGAGAGCUCGACCUGUCUGACAACAAGCUCACCGGAGUAGUCCCGAAAGGUCUCUGUUUCGGUAGGAGGCUGGAGAUAUUAAUUCUUCUCAACAACUUUCUCUUCGGUCCCUUGCCGGAUGAUCUCGGAGAAUGCACCACGCUCUCGAGGGUUCGUAUGGGUCAGAACUACUUGAGUGGAUCCAUUCCUCGGGGAUUUCUCUACCUACCGGAGCUGUCACUGAUGGAAUUGCAGAAUAAUUAUCUUACUGGAGUGAUAGCGGAGGAGCCAGCAAAGAAGCCUGCGAAACUCGGCCAGCUGAAUCUCUCAAACAACAGGUUGUUUGGGACUAUUCCAUCAUCCAUCGGAAACUUCUCGGCAUUGCAGAUUCUUCUCCUCGGCGGUAACCAGUUCGCAGGGCCGGUACCACCUCAGGUGGGCCUCCUGAAGCAUGUGCUGAAGAUAGAUAUGAGCAGGAACAACUUCUCUGGUACAAUUCCUCCGGAGAUGGGGGAUUGCCUCUUGCUGACAUACUUGGACUUGAGCCAAAACCAGCUCAGCGGACCGAUCCCAGCUCGAAUCUCUCAAAUUCGCAUACUGAACUAUCUCAAUGUCUCAUGGAACCAUUUGAACCAGAGCAUUCCCAAGGAGAUUGGAAGCAUGAAGAGUCUCACUUCAGCAGACUUCUCGCACAAUGAUUUCUCCGGUAGAAUACCAGAGACCGGGCAGUUUGCUUACUUCAAUGCCUCAUCUUAUCUCGCCAAUCCUCAGCUCUGUGGAUCUGUUUCAAAUCCUUGCAACUUCUCGGUGGCAUCUCAGCUCCGGUCAGACCAACAUCAUGGUGUCAAAUCACAACUCCCAGGAAAGUUCAAGCUCCUCUUUUCGCUAGGCCUCUUAACAUGUUCUAUUGUUUUUGCUGCAACGGUUGUCAUCAAGACCCGGUCGAUGAUAAGAAGGAACUCCAAGUCAUGGAAGCUCACAGCAUUCCAAAAGCUAGAUUUUGGGAGCGAAGACAUCGUAGAAUGCCUCAAAGAGAACUACAUUAUUGGGAGAGGAGGAGCUGGAAUUGUCUACAGAGGAACCAUGCCAAACGGGGAGCAGGUUGCAGUGAAGCGUUUGCUAGGGAUAAGCAAAGGGUCUUCACAUGAUAAUGGAUUCUCUGCGGAGAUCCAGACUUUGGGUAAGAUCAGGCAUCGGUAUAUUGUCAGGUUGCUGGCAUUCUGCACUAAUAAGGAGACUAAUUUGCUCGUCUACGAGUACAUGCGGAGUGGAAGCUUGGGAGAAGUGCUUCAUGGGAAGAGAGGAGGCUAUCUCAAUUGGCAAAUUAGGCUCAGGAUUGCAACAGAGGCAGCGAAGGGAUUGUGCUACUUGCACCAUGACUGCUGCCCUCCCAUACUUCACAGAGAUGUCAAGUCCAACAACAUUUUAUUGGAUGCAGACUUUGAAGCUCAUGUCGCGGACUUUGGCCUAGCAAAAUAUUUGAGGGACACCGGAGCCUCCGAGUGCAUGUCAGCCAUCGCUGGUUCUUAUGGCUACAUUGCUCCAGAGUAUGCAUACACUCUGAAGGUUGAUGAGAAGAGCGACGUUUACAGCUUUGGAGUUGUUCUUUUAGAGCUGAUCACCGGUAGGCGACCAGUGGGGGACUUUGGAGAGGAAGGACUAGAUAUUGUCCAGUGGGCAAGGAUGAACACAAAUUGGAGCAAAGAAGGGGUGGUGAAGAUUUUAGACCCAAGGCUCAUCAAUGUUCCAUUGGAGGAGGCCAUGCAGGUGUUCUUCGUGGGGAUGCUCUGCGUCCAAGAGCAGAGCGUCGAGCGGCCCACCAUGAGAGAGGUCGUCCAGAUGCUCGAGCAGACGAAGCAGCCAUUCGGCUUUCAGACACGCUGAUCUUCUUUCAUGUUUUAGAAUCACUGCAAUUUUACAAAGAGCUUUUUCUGUUAGUGCAUGGUGGGCAUUAUACUGCUUGUUAGGGGUGGGGUUCUUUUGUCAAAUUAUAUGUGCAUGGCUUUUAGAUGGCUGUUAUCUAGUUUACGUGAUGGGUGGUGCAGUAUGUAUAUGCACACUCUGGCUAAUUUUAUAUAUUGCCUGAUAAAAAUCUCUUCGAUAAAAUCCCUUUGUGGGCA